UACACCUUUCCCCUAGUGAUUGAACAAUACAUUAAUUACUCCUCGUCUCCCUUCUUGUGGGGUUGUACUACAUCUGCACAAAUUCUAACUCUCAAGGCCUCAAAGAAAGCAAGAUGUCCGUCCCCAAAUACCAAACAGCAGCAUGCAUCGAUCGCCCUCGGCCCGGAGCAAGACUCAACAUCUGCCAUGAUAUCCCCGUUCCCAAACCGAAGGCUGGAGAGGUGCUGAUCAAGUUGGAAUGCACUGGCUUCUGUCAUUCAGAUCUACAUAAUAUCAGCGGGGAAUUACCCAUGAGUACGAAUAUCCCGGGCCACGAGGGAAUCGGCAGGGUAGUACAAGUGGGUCCCAAUACACCCGAGGAGCUGAUGGGGAAGCGCGUUGGCGUAAAAUGGCUUUACAGCACCUGCAAGGAGUGUCCGACGUGUAAAGUCCAAUAUCCGAAUUGUCCCAAUCAGAGUAAUUCCGGCCGGAACGUUCCGGGCACGUUUCAACAAUAUGUCGUCUCUCCGGCCGACUUUGUGUCACUCAUCCCCGAGGACCUCAAACCAGAGGCCGUCGCAUCUUUGCUAUGCGCCGGGCUAACCAUGUACGGCGCCCUGAAUAAAUUGCACAAAUUCUGUCAAAAGGACGAUUGGGUUGUGAUUAUGGGAGCUGGUGGUGGACUAGGACAUCUUGGAGUCCAAAUCGGCAAGGAAAUGGGGUAUAAUAUUAUCGCUGUAGACAGUGCAACUAAGAAGGAUAUCUGCAUCAAAUCAGGCGCAGCGGCAUUCAUCAAUUUUCGUGAAGAUGUGGAGAAACAAGUCCAAGACCUAACCGACGGAGUGGGCGCGCACGCCGUCGUCGUGGCCGUCGGCCUUGAAGCCGCAUACAAUCAAGCCAUGCGACUUCUUCGGCCAGUCGGCACGCUUGUCUGUGUCGGACUCCCCCGGCAAGGCUACUAUAUGCCUAUCUCGCCAUUAGACUGUGUGAACCGUGGGUUUCAUGUUGUCGGUAGCUGUGUGGGGACUGAAGAGGAAAUGCAGGAUCUCUUGAGAAUGGCAGCGAAGGGGCGGGUGUCUACACACUUUCAGGUUUUUGAACUAGAGGAGGUGAACGAGGUGAUUGAGCGAUUGGAACGAUUUGCGAUAGAAGGACGGGCCGUUUUGCGGAUUCCGUCGGAGAGUCCGAGGUACUAAUUAGAGUGUAGGCUGAAUCAGGGGGAACUCGGAUAACCAGUCAUGACAGCGACUGGUCAACGAUCAUUUCGAUAGAAAUCAACGCAUUCGGCCUUGCAAUAUAUUCUGCA